AUGACUGCUACCAGAAAUCGUGGUGUGGUACGGAAGAUCGCAAAACACAAGCCAAUUAUGUUUGGUGGGACCUUUGUUCAUAUGCAUAUCGGACCGCGCAACCGCAAGUUCUCGGCACAUGAAGAGGUGCUUUGUUCUCGUUCGGCUUACUUCAAGGAGCGAUUCCAAAAAGUGCGUAAGGAUAUUUGUGGGAAGUGCGCGGUCUGCCUCGACAAGCUGGAGCCAGUCGCUAUCGAGACGGUCUUCUGCAGGACAUGCGGCCAGAACUUUCAUGCUAAGUGUAUGGACCAAUGGCUGAAGAAUGGGAACACAUGUCCGACAUGCCGCACAGUGUGGAAGAAGUGGCCCAACAUGCACAGUUCUACUUUCGAUCAGCUCGAUCCCGAAGGCUUUGAGGUUUACGUCCAGUGGUUGUACUCGCAACAGAUUCCUAGCUACGAUGCAGACAUAGAUGCCAAUGCUCGCUGCAUUCGCAUGCUUAAGGCGCAUCUUCUAGGCAACACAGUCCGGGACCAGGAUUUCCUUCUGGCGGUCCGUAACGAAAUUAUCGAAACUGCCGUAGAAGCUGGCCUCGGCUACAACGCCAUUGACUACGCUUACAAGACCACCCGAAAGCCUUGUUCGCUCCGACGGUUCCUAGUCGACCUGUAUGCUCUGACUGGAGAUGCACAAUCGCUCAAGGAGGGUAACGUCUCACAUCUGUUCCUCAUCGACUUGGCCCAAUCAUUCAUGGAAAAGAGCAAAAACUUCGCAGAGGGGAAGGACGUUUGGAGUAUGCUGGUGGCUGAAGGUCACAUCAAGGGCGAUCUACGUGUGCCGGAAGAUGGCGGUAAGGUCGAGGACGAGGAAAACUAG